ACAUUUACCAGAGCGUGGAGAACACGCGCUCUUCAACACUCUUCAAACAUUUUGUAUUCUGUGCUGCAAUUAAGAACUUUUUGCAUCAAUUUUCACAGUCCCUGCAGAUCAGGAUUGAGGCAAAGUGCUGUAAUGGACGAGAAAGCACCAAGCUUCAGGGCCUCUGAGAUAGAGGCAAAAGAGUUGAAGAAAAUAAUGAAUGAAUUAGGAGAAGCAAUUGUGCAUUCAAUGCGUGAAAAUUCCAACGUUGUGAUAACAAUCCCUGCUGAGAUCGAAAGCAAGGAAGAAAUCGAUUUUCAGCUCAGAGGACAGUGGCUGCGCGCCGCCGUUCUCGGUGCAAAUGACGGCCUUGUCACCACCGCUUCGCUCAUGAUGGGUGUCGCCGCCGUCAAAAAGGACUCAAAAACGAUGGCCAUGUCUGGACUGGCGGCGCUGGUUGCCGGUGCCUGUAGCAUGGCCAUCGGCGAGUACGUUUCCGUACAGACUCAGCGGGAUGCGGAAGAGACCAACCUGAAGAGAGAGAAGCGAGCCAGAGCGGCUCUCGGAGGAUUCGAACUCGCGACCGACACGCCCUCUUCGUCCAAUAGCACUCCUCCGGUUUCUCCAGUUGUGUUGACGAAGAAAGAUAAAAAGGGGCUUCCGAACCCUAUUCUGGCGACUUUUGCAUUGGCCUUGGCAUUUGCUGUUGGAGCCGCUUUUCCUUUGGUCUCUGCGGCUUUUAUCUCUGACUACGUUAUGAGGGUUUCUAUUCUCUCGGCUGUUUCGACCAUUGUUCUUAUUGUGUUUGGUGCAAUCGGAGCUUAUUUUGGGCGGUCUUCUAUACUGAAAGGGUGUUUCAGAGUUCUGGUUGGAGGAUGGCUUGCCAUGUUGGUGACCUACGGUUUGCUUAAGCUGUUUAAUGCUACAACAGGAGUUUGACUAGGGUGUAGAUUUAUGAAUUUUUAAUAUGCUUUGUGUGUAAUACUUUGUGUGGUUAAUUGCCACAGUAUAUAAUAUCUGAAUACUGUUUGUGAUAAGUGAACACCGGAAUAAGUUACAAAAGCUAGAUUUGUGCGUCAUAGCUUUAGAUUUCUUAAAUAGGAUGAUUCUGUGUUCCAGUCGUCGAAGAUGGAAUAUAGGAAUGCCAAACAGCCAAAGAGGCUCAUAUUUACUUUAUUAUUACUAUGGUCAAAUUUAAUGGUUUCAAAUGGUUGUAUUGUUUC